AUGCUGCUCAAAGAAUCCAUCCACAAGACCAAACAUUACAUUCAUAGAACUUUCCGAAACCUCAAAUCGUCACUCUUAGGAGAGUACCAAAAACUACCUAAAACUCCUCAUGUCAACCCUCUCUUCUAUCCCAGAAUGCAGGAAUUGGAUAAUUUCUACACAGAUUUUUCCCAACACUGGGAUUCUGAUCAUAAUAAGGUGCUAAAGAAAAAGAAAAAGGGUCAAUUUUCGGCGAAAGAAAAAAGAGAGAGAGAUGAAAAAUCAUCAUGCGAUGGAAGGUCCAUGAAUGGUGCAAGAAAGGAAGAGAUGAAGAAAGAUGAAUCUAGUAUUGUGUGCCAGACGUGCAUGGAAGGGAAACAAGUGGAGUCCAGUUCAAAGAUUGCAAAUGGUUUAGCACAGAAGAUGAAAGAAUUGGAAAUGUUUGAUAUGAAUGAUUUGGACCAUGUGAUGGAUAUGGAAGAGGUGAUGCAUUACUAUUCUAGGCUUACAUGUCCACUUUACCUUGACAUUGUUGACAAAAUUUUCAUGGACGUGUAUAGGGAGUUGUAUCCUCCACAACCCUUGGUCGACCAUUAA